AUGGAGCUCCUCUCUGCUACUAAGCCUUCGUCCGCUCUUCGGCCACGCCUAGAGCAGCCCAAAACCCUAAGGUCCAGACCCCUUCAUGCGCGCUGUCUUGCCUCUCCCCUUCCAGAUCGCUUCUUCGCCGCUUAUGCCGAUGCCAGUGUAUUCUCCAUUCCGUUCCAGACACCUAAAUCCGUCUCCAGUCGCUCGAAUCUCCUCCGGAAUCGGCUCACCCGAAUGCCGGAUUUACGUCCCAACUCUAACGCUACCAGUUGUUCCAAUCUUCUCCAAGAACACGCUUCGACGAGAAGGUCGGGUCGCUCCGCGGUCAUCCCGAACCGGGAUUUACUCGUUAGGAAUUUUCUGAAGCUUCAGCUUCAGCUGUCUGUAAUGUCAGCAGUAUCUUUCCCCCUUCCUUCUCUUGCUUCCGAUGCUGAACAGGUCUCAGAUAAGAUUAAUGUAGAGGCCAUUCUUGAAUCCGUGGAUAGUUUCUUCAACCGGUACCCAUUCUUCGUCGCCGGGGUCACCUUCCUGUGGCUCGUGCUCGUACCCCUCGCCCGGGAGUAUCUGAAGAAGUACAAACGCAUUUCUGCCAUCGAUGCUUUCCGAAAGCUCAAGGACGACCCGAAUUGCCAGCUGCUCGACAUCCGGAAGGAGCAGAGUCGGGCUUUUCUGGACUCGCCUAAUCUGAAGAGUCUGAGCAAGAUUGCUGUUCAGACCGAAUUCUCGGAGGGACGGGAAGAAGCCUUUGUGAAGAACGUCUUGAAGAAUCUCCGAGAUCCAUCCAAUACCGUUGUGUGUGUUCUUGACAAGUAAGGGAAACUCCGAUGACCUCUCAACGAUCCAUUGCUGCACUUCCUUUCCACCAAUUCUGAUCAAAGACACUCUGUUUCAUUCUGAGCUUCAUACUGAUUCACUAUAAAUCUGUACUGAAAAUCACGUAGGAGGCAAUCGAUUGGGAUCUGUCCCCCCACUCGACGGACUCAUAUUAGUCUUCUGAGUUCAGUUCCUCUCCUCACAUGGGCUCUCUUUUUCUUCUUAUUAUUUCUUCAUCUCUGAGUAUAAUUUCUCUUGUGCAAGAUAGCUUCGAUGAUGAUUCUCUGAAAGUAGCCGAACUGUUGGUCAAGAAUGGAUUCAAAGAAGCAUAUGCCAUCAAAGGUGGUGUAAGAGGCAAAGAAGGAUGGCAGGUUAGAUAGUUCUCUAGUAUGGAAUGAAUCCAAGGAUCUUAUGGUUGAGAGAUACUAAAAAUAUUUCUAUCAUUUAAAUUUCCUUUUUUUGUCAAAAUCCAGUUGUACCGGGUAGAUCAAAUUAAUUGAUUGCUUCGUUCAACUGUCAGGCAAUACAAGAAACCCUUCUUCCACCUUCUGUCCACGUUUAUCCCAGAAAGAAGACGAUCUGGGGUGAAGGUGGUAUCAGUGGCGAAAGGGGGAGCAAUGGCUACGAGAGUAAUGACCAGGUAAAGACUUCUAGAGAGAGGCCUCAAGUUGGGGAGAACGGGCAGGUGAAGGGUCAGGGAGAAGCUUCGGAAAGGGGGCAGUCUUCACCAAGAUCUUCAUCACCAUACCCAAAUGUAAGCAUUAUCUUUGAAUGCCUGAUUUUUUUUGAUAUAUUGAAAAUUUUAAUGAAUCCUGCCCAUUUUAGUCCUUUUCUUCAAGCAUUCAUAAAAUUUAAACUCACUAGUCUUUGAAUGCCUGACUUUUUUAGAUAUUUUUAAUGAAUACUACCCAGUCUAGUCAUUUUUUUAAAGCAUUGACAAAAUUUGGCCCACCAGUGAGAAUUUAUGAAUCCGAAUAGCAUCUAAGACAUUGAAACGAACUCAGCAUGUAGUCUGAAAGGGAUGGAUAGCUAGCAUUAGUAGCACACACAUCAGCCUCCAUCAGUCUCUCGAUCAUCAGUGAUCAUGCAAAAGAUCCUGAAAGCGGUAGCUGCCCAGAAGUAUUGAUGUUCAAAUUUUUGUCAUACCUAUUUACAUCGUAGAUUUUUUUACAUUUCCUGAAGAACAUAUACAAAGGCUCUCCGAUUUGUGAAUCUUUUCUAUAUCAUUUCCCACUAAAAUGGUAGGUUUAGCGCAUAAAAAAAACUUAUCUUUGGUUUCAGAGCAAGAUCCUGAAGUGGCAGCUUCCCAGAGGCAUCUAGGUCACUCCCUUUUUUUUCACACUUAUCAAAGUGGUAGAUUGUACAAUACUGAAGAAAAAAAAAAAGGCUCUCCUUUUUGUGAAGAGUUUCUAGAUUAUUUCCCUUUUAAAUCAGCUUUCUUCUGAGAACAAGAUCCUGAAGUUGCCUGACUGGGAUUUCUCUACUUCCCUGUAAAUCUUUGAUCUGGUGGAUGCAGUACCCAGACUUGAAGCCGCCAUCUUCUCCGACCCCUUCAAAGCCCUAG